AUAUGCCAAUUAUAUGAUUUUUUAUUGUUACCAGUCGAAUUUCAUCGGGAAAUUACUGCUACAAGAGAGCUCGGUGCAGUUUUCUACGUUACCAAUUUUUGCUCUAGCAGUUCUCUUGACACUGACUACUCUGUAUACUUUAAUUAUUUUUAUCUGGUUUUUCAUCUCUUCUUGCAUUGAUUUGUAUCUUUAAAAUUAAAUUUCUAUUAACAUAUUCACUAAUUAAUUUUUUUAAUUUGCAUUACAUUAAUCUUCUCGAUAAGCAUAUAUGUAUGUAUAAGCAUGUGUGAAAUUCUGAAAACAAGGGAACAUUUGCAAACAUUUGCGUUCGCCUAUUUUACAGAAGCGCAAUUGCAAGAAUUAUAAAAUUGUAACAAGACACAAAACAUUUUGUUUCUCUUCUAAAUUCUUUUCGCGUUUCCUCCAGAUGUACAGCCGACAAAACAUUCCGAGUUCGUAGCACGUGCUCGAAAUAGACAGUAAUUUCCCAUGCUUGAAACGCUAUGCGGGGGGUGCAACGACAUUUAAACUUCGUAGACGCCCGUCUGCACCCUCAGUCAGUUUAAAAGUGUCGACGAACGCGGUCUGUCUUUUUGCAAAUAUCGCUGUGCAAAGAGAGUCAACGAUCACAUUCCUAAAAUAUAAACAUUUUUCAAGCUAUUGUACAAGACAACAACAAUUUCCUUUUUAUAAUCCUCAACUUUUUAUUUUCCGUUCGAUUUUAAAUUCUACGUAGUAAUAAAAAAGAAUUACUUCCGCACUCGAACGAUGAGAACAAUUAACUCGAACGAAAGUGGACAAUUGCGGCGGCACAUUCAAUUAUCUUAAAUACUAAGUGGAAGGAGGGGCUCAUACGAGCGAGACAGACUGACGAGCGUCGCGAGCACAAGAUACAUCGGUGCGGCUAUUAAAUUGUUCGUCUGCGACACGGAAUCAUGGGCAUAAACAAUGCAGGACCCAUCAUCAGGAUGUCAUCCUCCGGUACACACGGCGCGGGCGGUGUCGGCUGCUGUUGUUUUAGGUGUUGCACGUGCAUACACCUAGAAUUCAUCAAAUCGCUGCCGGGGAUCAUAAAAGUCUGCGAGACGGUAAUCAGUGGAUUAAUACAGAGCCUGCUGAUCAAUUAUGGUCUCAGAUACAGCUCAUCCAUCGGCUCGGCUUUUGAGGGAGCGUUGACCACAGCAUCCGCCUGUUUCCUGACUUCCGCUCUGUUGUUGGCUUGCUAUACAAUUUCUGAAAAGUCUUACAGGCUAAUUCGUUCAUCGCUUUUCGAAAUGAUGUUCAACUGCCUGGCCUGUUUCCUGUAUUUAAGUUCAGCCUCCUACUUGGCGGUUGCCACAAAACUGUUUCUUAUGGCUGAAUAUUACUUGAAACCCGGCUUCGACGUUUAUCCUGCCAUGACAGCUGCUUACAUCUUAAGCGGCGUCGUUGGGGUACUGCAUGGAGCGGAUGCGUAUUUAUCUUUUAUACAUUACAAAACCGGAAGGUAAAUUGCUGUCGUAUACGAGAAUGCGAGUUAUAUAAUUCUGCAAUGAGAAACCUAGCAAUUAUACAAAUACUUGUGCAUUAAGAUACCAGAUUAAGCAGCAUUCUAGUCGGACGAGCACGACUCUCUUAAGGAGAAUCGAAUGAAGCGGACAGUUCUCGAAUUUACAUAUCAUGAUACGUGCAAUGAUCAAUACGAAUAAAUAUAUCUAUGUCGAAUUACAUAAGAAACUGAUUAUCGAUAAUUUAUGAUAAUUGUUUUAAUUAUGUUAAUUGAAAAAGUAUGGUGUUAUCUGAUAAUAUUCUGCAACCGUAAAAUAAUAAAUAAAACACGACAAAGCUGAUAACUUAAAA